AAAUAAUAAUUAAAAUAGGAGGAAAGAUAAUUGAGUGAGAAACACUUGUACCAGUAUCCGGAUAAAAAAUGGAGACAUCUCUGCGAUAUGGAGGAGAUUCCAAAGCCUUAAAAAUCCAUGCGAAGCAGAAAAUUCGAAUCGACACCAAUACCUUCUUCCAGGUUCGCGGAGAGCUUGACACAAAAAAUGGACAACCUAAUUCUUUGCGUGCCCUCGUUCGACAUUUCUAUCCAGAUUUAUCAGCCACCCUUGGUGUAGGAGUGCAAUAUGAUAAGCUUAACAAUGUUGGAGAGAAGCGAUAUGCUAGAAAUGACAAGUUACGCUAUACUGUACUUGCUAAGAAAACUUUUCUUGUCACCGAAGAUGGUCUUGUUAACUUUAAAAUUAAGGGUGCCUGUGAUGUUGACCAAGAUUUUAAGGAGAGGAAAUCCAGAGGAGGAGCUGAGUUUUCAUGGAACAUAUUCAAUUUUCAGAAGGACCAAGAUGUCAGACUCAGAAUUGGCUACGAGGCUUUUGAACAGGUUCCUUAUGUGCAGAUUAGGGAGAAUAAUUGGACAUUUAAUGCAGACUACAAAGGUAGAUGGAAUGUGAGAUACGACUUAUGAGAAUAGCAGAGCACUUUUUCUGUAGACAUGUUCUGCUUGUCAUUUUUUGGUACACAUGUUCUGUUUCCUACCCCCAACCCUAAGCCUCAUCUAAGAAGAGGGACCAUGAAUACAUUUUAAAUUUGGUCAUUAAAUUGAAGUGCAAUACGGUUGAAAAUAAAUUUGUAUGAUUUAAUGUUUAUUUUAUAAUUUGUAUUAGAAUUCUUAACAGCAAAUUGGCCUGAAAACACAUUAAUUUGUGUACGAAUUAAACUAUAUAAACUAGAUUUGAUGCAGCAAUUAAGACUUUAAUACGAUAUGACAUUA